AUGUUUUUGCUACUUGUUGGUUUAGGUAUUUCAGCACUUCCAAUUGGACACACAUGCAAGAAUGCCUCCCUCGCUCACGAUUGUGGCGAUUAUCUUAUCUGCAAUUCUUCCGGCAAAUGUGAUGCCUGCGUUAUUAACAAGUCACAAUGCAUGAAGCAUUUCUACUGCCGCGAAAGCAAGAGACUCGGCUCUAACAUUUGCAACUACGAACCACUUACACACAAAUGGGAUACACGUCUCAUUAUUGGUAUAAUUUGCGUCUUCAUUGCUGGUAUCUUUGUUUCCGGUGCUGGCAUUGGUGGCGGUGGUCUUUUCGUCCCAAUUAUGAUGCUUCUCGUCAACUUCCCAACAUCCUACGCUAUUCCAACCUCUAAGGCCAUUAUUUUCGGCGGCUCACUUGCUGUUACACUCUUCAACUUGAACAAGCGCCAUCCAUACUACGAGCGCCCACUUAUCAACUACAACGUUGCCGCUAUGAUUGAACCAAUUUCAUGGCUUGGUACCGUCAUUGGUGUUAUUUUCAACAGUAUCAUCCCAGAAUGGCUUCUUUACUCCGUACAGUUCGUCCUUCUCACAUAUACAGCAUGGAACACAUUCAAGAAGGGCCUCAAGGACCAGAGAAACGCCAAGCUCGGAAUUUCACCCAAUAACGAACUCCUUGUCAAAGGAACAUACGACGGCCCAACAUACUCUAUCGGUCUUCUUUGGCUUCUUCUUAUUAUCUACGUCGUCUUCCUUGCCAUUUCCUUCCUUCGUGGUGGUGAUGGUGCAGAUUCAAUCAUCGGCAUCAAGUUCUGCUCACCAAUCUACUGGGCACUUACAUUCGGACCAUUCCCAAUCUACCUCGGCAUCACAGCUUGGAUGGUUCACAUUGCCAAGAGAUAUCCAGUUCUUGGCCACAAGAACGAGCUUACAAAGAAGGACAUUUUCCUUCUCAUGAUGUCAGGCUUCGUCGCCGGUAUGGCUGCUGGUUUCCUUGGUAUCGGUGGUGGCAUGAUCAAAGGUCCAAUGAUGCUCGCCCUCGAAAUCGAAGCAGAAGAAAUGGCUGCUACGUCAUCAUUCAUGAUUCUCAUGACUUCUAGUGCUACAUCUAUCCAGUAUAUCGCUGAAGGCCUUAUGCCAUGGCUCGAAUUCGGUGUUUUCACAAGCAUGGGCUUUGUUUCAUUCCUUAUCGGUGUUAUCUUCCUCAGAUGGCUUGUUAAGAAGCUCGGCAACCGUUCUAUCUUCCUUUACUUCCUCGCUGCUAUCAUUAUGAUCUCAGCUAUCCUUAUGUCUGUUGUCGGUAUAGAGAUCAUCAUCCUUGAAGUCAAGGAACACGCUUCCAUGGGCUUCAGACCAUUCUGCUAA